UCCGUUGUACUGUCUUUGACGCGCACCUUAAAGAUCGAAAAAGCAUCGAAGUCCUCAGAUCAUCAGCGAACCGACGGUACCAUUCGCCUUCGUACAGCAGCAGUUGUUAUCUCGACCAUGUCACCACAGAUUAUUCUAGGGCAUUGUUUCUUCUCACAGGAGGACGUUCAGCUCGCCAGCUUGAUCCCAAACAUCAACGAUAUCGACCUGGACACGCUAGAAAGCGUGUUACCAGUGCAGACGACGGACUACACAGUUAGGAAGCUUGAGGAUGUCACUACCGCUAUCAGAGCUACAAAUAGUAGCAAGUUUCAAGCAUUUCUUUCCCGAGUUGCUAGCUGGGAUUCUCAGCGCUCUGCCCAUGCAAACCUUGACCUGACGGCGCAGAAGGGUCGCGUUUAUACCUUGAAAAAGCCAACUCAGUGGUUCAGACGUCUUUGUGAGAGGGAGGAGGUCCGACGAUGGUUGCAGGAACAGAUUGAAUAUGAGAAUGAGGUACAUUUUGUUAUCGGGCUCUACACUUUGUUUGACGCCGCUGCGUCUGAUGACCUGGAGCGGUCAUCAAACCACAGCGGAACGAUAUCAGCCCCCAUCAGCGCUAUCGCCGGUUUACCGCUGUCCCACCCUGCAAACAUCGGGGUUUCUGCGGGUCACGAAGGGGCUCGGGGUACAACCCAUCGUUGCACCGCGCCAGGCGAGCAGAUAUUUGCAAUUCGACUGAAAAAGGUGAAAUAUCGUGCUUGGUAUCCGCAUGAUGUCAAUGAUGCGCACCUAGCCAAGCACAGCCACUGGACUAUGGCAUCCGACAACCGAAGUGCUGCUGAUGAGCAUUCCGAAAUGGUGGCGGUCUUUCUAGACGAGUCUACUGACGAGAAUGAGGAGGCGAUGGCUCCUGGCUUUGUUGAAUUUCAUGUUCUCUCUGAAUCGUGAGGCUAGCUAGAAAAUGAUACAUAUACUUGUUGCCCUCCGCUCUCUUUAGAUCAGAAGCAAACUCCCGGAAGAUGUCUGCAUUGAGCCGCUCAUACUCUCUGUAGUUCUUGGGCCAACCUCCUAGCCGCUCCAUAGCAAGUUUCAGCAGGU